AAAAAAACUACAGGUGCUUUUGCUUACGGUCUACUGGUUACCAGUAUAUUGACCGAUACCUUAAAACUGGUUACCGGCCGACUGAGGCCCUACUUUCUAACUGUUUGCCAAACUAUACACGAAAUAUGCAAACGAUUAUCGCUGGAAAAUACGGGUAUCGAUUACGAAACCCGAGCACCGGUCAACUACCGGCACGUAUGGGUCGAUCCGACCGACUUUCCCGAUACGGUUCUCUGUCAAAACCAGACAUCCAUCAUACGAUCGGCUCGUAUGUCGUUUCCAUCCGGAACGGCAUCCCUGUCCACCUAUUCUGCACUAUUCAUUGUAUUGUACAUUACCUAUGCCUGGACUGCCCGAAGUAGUCGUGUAUUUAAACUCUGGUUUACCGUCACAUCAGUGAUCUGUCUGCUGAUUGUCUGCGCGGGCAAAGUCACCACUCAUGACAAUCACUGGGACGACAUAGUGGCCGGUCUGGUAAUCGGUAUCGGGUUUGCACUGUACAUAUGCUAUACACAGUUGAAUCUGUUUAGCGAUCUAUUGGUCAGCGGUGGUAGUGGUAGUGGUGACCAACCGAUCAGUGAUACACUAGAAAAUCAAUCGCAAAUGACUGACGACGAAGACGAUGGCCAAUGGUUUUGGCGAUACUUUCAUAUACCGCGCGUUAAUCUAUUGAGACGGAGUGCCCGAUAUUUUCGCAAACGUACGGCCGAACCAAAUAUCGGCUGCGGUACCGGUAUGUCAUCGAUGACCCCCCGUUUGGGUAGUAAUUCAUCGUAUGUUAAUCCGGCAUUUGAUCACAAGGACCAUAUCAUGGAUACCGCCGGCACUGGUGGUUGUGGUGGUAGUAGUAGUAGUAGUAGUAGACCGCACUCGGCAUAUAUCGACACAUAUAGACGACAUUAG